AUGCUGCUGCUCACACGGAACUCCUCAUCCCAGGCGACACUGGUGGCAGCAGCACCGGCACAACAAGCAGCGACGUGCGCAGCAGCAGCAGCAGCAGCCGCGCCGCAGCAGCAGCAGCAGCAGCAGCAGCCGCAGCAGAAACCGCAGCAGCAGCAGCGGCAGCAGCAGCCGCAGCAGCAGCCGCAGCAGCAGCAGCGGCAACAGCAACCGCAGCAGCAGCGGCAGCAGCAGCCGCAACAGCUGCCGCAGCAGCAGCAGCAGCAGCGGCAGCAGCAGCCGCAACAGCAGCCGCAGCAGCAGCCGCAGCAGCAGCAGCGGCAGCAGCAACCGCAGCAGCAGCGGCAGCAGCAGCCGCAACAACUGCCGCAGCAGCAGCAGCGGCAGCAGCAGCCGCAGCAGCAGCCGCAGCAGCAGCAGCGGCAGCAGCAACCGCAGCAGCAGCGGCAGCAGCAGCAGCGGCAACAACUGCCGCAGCAGCAGCAGCGGCAGCAGCAGCCGCAACAGCAGCCGCAGCAGCAGCCGCAGCGGCAACAGCUGCCGCAGCAGCAGCCGCAGCAGCAGCAGCGGCAACAGCUGCCGCAGCAGCAACCGCAGCAGCAGCAGCGGCAACAGCUGCCGCAGCAGCAGCCGCAGCAGCAGCAGCGGCAGCAGCUGCCGCAGCAGCAGCCGCAACAACAGCAGCGGCAGCAGCGGCAGCAGCAGCAACAGCAGCAGGAGCGGCAGCAGCAAGUGGAGCAGCAGCAGCGACAGCAACAACUGCAGCAGCGCCAGCAGCAACAGGAGCAGCAGCAGCGGCGGCAGCAGCAGCAGCCAGACUAUCCCCACCUUCAGUAG